UGCCUAUUUGCUGCUGCCUUCAUUAGUGCUCAAGGUUCCACCCAGAGGUUUCAGCUUAGUUAUUAGCUGGGAGACAGCAGCAUCCCCAGACCCGUCUCCACUUUGCAGGAUACUAAUCCGGAGAGGGAGACGUAGAGGAUCUCCUCAAUGUCAUUGUUACUGUAGCUCGGCACUCCCUGCAGACACUUUCCUAUUUACAAAGUGCAGAAACACAGGGCAAUAUAGCGGAGGGCUCCAUCUAUCCUAGAAUCCCCUACCCUAACAAGAAGGGCGCUAUUAACGUAAGGUCCGGCCGUGUGGGGAUUAAUGUGACAUUCUGUUCCCGAGAUUCUGGGAGAAUGUGAGUGAUGGGGCAGUGAGCGCUUCUCCUCCUCUGCAGCAACUUUUACCUGUCUGGAUUUCAUUGUCUUACUGAUUAUUGCCAGCCGUGGAUUUUUAUCAUCUCCUCCAAAUCAAUUUCCCCAAAUCAGAUAGGCAGGGGGCACGCAGUAUGAUCAAUGACCCCAUACAAGGCGCAUCCUCCAUGCUGCAUGCUGAGCACACUCCAGAUUGCGGGCUGAGAUGAGAUAGACACCUCCACGACUGCGCUGCCAUCUGCCCUGAGACAUCUACUGACACCCCCUGUUUCUGCACUGGGCACCCCCUCCCAUAGCUGGGGAAGGGUCCGGACACUAUGGGUCAGUCUGGCUGAGGAAUUACAAGCACCAAAAACCCACGAGACAUUUGCUGAAUCUCCUGCCAGACACGCCCUGGAGACAGGAGAAGGGGAUUAUUGCAGAGAAUCAACUUUCUUUCUACCUCCAGCAGCGAGUGAGCCCACUGGCAGCGCCAUGGCAUGGCUCAGGUGGGCACUAUACCUCCUUUGCCUGGCUCAAGAAACUUCAGCACUGUAUUUUACAAGAAAAAAUUACUUUGGAAAUAUAUACCCUGACCAGCCUGCUGGCUCCAUCAUCAUGCAAGUCCACGCAAUGAGGGACUUCGAAGGAGAGAUACCACACUACAAGCUCUGCCCAACCUUUAUGAAUGAGAAAUUCAUCCACUUCUUUCACAUUGAUGAGCAGACAGGGGUCCUCUAUCUCAACAAGACCCUAACACGGAAAGACUUCAUGGAAUUAAGUAGCUCAACGUCUACUCUGUGGUUCAGCAUCACGGUGUUCAACGCUCCAUUUCAAGAUAAGGGGUGUGAAAAGGCCCCCUUCGCUGUUAGUCUUUCAUUUAACAGCGUCACAUUUUCCAAUUGCUCCUCGCUACAACCAAAAGACUUAUGCUUUAGUGAGAAGGACCGGUCUGACCACAUCAAAGAAAACAGACCUGAGGGCACGUUUUACCAGUUCCACCCACAUUUGUCCGUACAGCUGUGCCCAAAUAUCAGUGUCAUCUACACAUUAAUAUUGGACCAACAGUCCCCUUUCCAGUACAACCGUGAUACAUCUGAAGUGUAUCUGGCUAGUCCCCUGGACCGAGAAGAGAGAGAGCAGUAUGAUCUUGUAGCCAAAUGCGUAGUGAGCGAUGGCACCAAGGAGGUGGACGUUGAGCAGUCAUUCCUGGUCAAAGUAGAUGAUGAGGACGACAACCCCCCCUUCCUUCUAAAUGGAACGGAUACUGUGAAUGUUGUGGUGGAAUAUGAAAGAAAGGCAGGUACCCUGCUUGGGUCGCUGAUGGUUUAUGAUCUUGACUCCACUUCUGUCAUCCCUCAAGACAGCAGUCAUAACAGAUAUACAGAGACCAUCCUCAACAGUGAAAAAUUUGUACAUACUAAAUUUUGUGUGAAGCGCGAUUUUGAAGAGAUAACAUUCUUUCCAAACGGCAACAAGGUCCGAGGAACACGUCAUGAGUUUAAACUGAUGCUGAAAAAAGGUAUUUCCAUAGCCAGAAACACAUCCCUACAAGUUGUUGUGUUGGUGAAUGAUACAGAAUAUCGUGGUCCGCAGGGAGAGUUGCUACUCUACUUCAAUGUUACCAUCCGGCCUGUGGAAAUUCGAUUCCCGAAUAUAUCAUACCAGUUUACUGUGAACCGUAAUGCCUACCGUUAUGCCCAGAUAGGAAAAGUGUGCAUUGAAAACUGCUCCCUGUUCAAAGGUGUCAGUGUCAACUACACGCUGCAGAUUCCAAAUUCCACACACGCCAUUGAAAUCCAAAAGGCAGCAGGGGAUAUGUCAGCCAUUCUCUAUGUUAAUGAUUACCUUGCUUUGGCCAACUACGAAAGUAAGGAGAUCCUGGGCACUGUUUCAGUCCACAAUAUGCAAGUCAAGGAGACGAUCAAAACACAAGUCACUAUCCUGAUAGAGGGAACACCUAUGAAAUAUGAGGAAACGUGUUCAUCCUUUGAGAGCUGUUCUGAAAACAAACACCGAUUAGACUGUGAAGAAUGUGGAGGGCUGGGUUCUCUGACUGGAAAGUGCCAGUGGAGACAGGGACAUAGCAAAGUUCUCACCACAAAUUACUCUACGUGCACGCCAAGUGUCCUCACCUGCCCUGAUGGCAUCUGUGAUGCUGUGGAGAGCAAAAACUCUGCAAUCUGCCCUCAGGACUGCACAAACUUUGAAGUCAUUGGUGGAUAUAAGAGAGGAUUUCCCUCUGGAAUCAAGGAAGGUCAUGCCACUUGUUACUGCUUGCUCUCUGAAAAAAAAUGCUUUUGUGAGAAGAAUUUUGAGGAAGUAUCGUUGUGUGAUGACACUUGCAAAACAGUUAUCGCAUGUGGAGUCUUCCUGUCCUUCAUAAUCUCUGUGCUCCUGUCUUCAUACUUUAUUCACCGUUACCAUAAAAACUCACCAAAGCCCCCAAUAGCAUCUGCAGAGAUGACCUUCCGACGGCCUGCCCAAUCUUACCCAGUCAGCUACUCCUCAACCAACGCUAGGCGUCCGUCUCUAGAUUCCAUGGAGAACCAGAUCUCGGUGGAUAACUUUAAAAUACCAGAGGAUCCAAAGUGGGAAUUUCCUCGGAAAAAUCUGGUCUUGGGCAAAACUCUUGGAGAAGGGGAAUUUGGGAAGGUGGUUAAGGCGACAGCAUUUAGACUGAAAGGAAAAGCUGGUUACACUACAGUGGCAGUAAAAAUGUUAAAAGAAAAUGCCUCCCAGAGUGAGUUGCGGGAUCUUCUCUCAGAAUUCAACCUCCUGAAGCAGGUGAACCAUCCACAUGUCAUCAAACUCUAUGGGGCCUGUACACAGGAUGGCCCCUUGCACCUUAUUGUGGAGUAUGCAAAGUAUGGUUCCUUGCGCAAUUUCCUAAGGGAAAGUCGCAAAGUAGGGCCCAGUUCUGUGGGUGGUGACUCGAAUCGUAACUCAAGCUAUCUGGAUAACCCAGAUGAAAGAGCCCUAACAAUGGGAGACCUCAUCUCCUUUGCGUGGCAGAUAUCCAGAGGAAUGCUGUAUUUAGCAGAAAUGAAGCUUGUCCAUAGAGAUCUGGCAGCAAGGAACGUCCUUGUGGCAGAAGGUCGCAAAAUGAAAAUCUCUGACUUUGGCCUCUCCAGAGAUGUGUACGAAGAAGACUCAUAUGUAAAGAGAAGCAAGGGAAGAAUACCAGUGAAGUGGAUGGCGAUAGAAUCCUUGUUUGAUCACAUAUACACAACACAAAGCGAUGUGUGGUCCUUCGGUGUUCUCCUGUGGGAGAUUGUUACACUUGGUGGAAAUCCAUACCCAGGCAUCGCUCCAGAGCGACUAUUCAACCUUCUAAAAACUAGUUAUAGGAUGGAGAAGCCGGAGAACUGCAGUGAUGAAAUGUACAAUCUUAUGCUGAAAUGUUGGAAACAGGAGCCAGACAAGCGGCCAGCAUUUGCUGAGAUCAGUAAAGAACUGGAGAAAAUGAUGGUGAAAAGCAGGGACUAUUUGGACCUUGCUGCUUCCACGCCUGCAGACUCAAUUCUCUAUGAUGAUGGCCUUUCUGAAGAGGAGACCCCCCUGGUGGACUGUAAUAACGCCCCACUCCCCCGAACACUUCCCUCAACCUGGAUUGAAAACAAACUCUAUGGCAUGUCUUAUCCGAACUGGCCUGAAGAGAGCCCCGUUCCAAUCCCGAGAUUUGAUGCCAAUAAGUCUGUUUUUUCAAGAUAUGCCAAUGACUGUGUUUAUUCUAAUUGGAUGAUUCCACCCGCAUCGGCAAAAUUUAUGGACAAGUUUGAUAGCUAAAUAUCAAUUUUAUUUCCCCUAGAAGGUAACAAAAAAAUUGCGAUUGGGGAAGAAAAUAGUUUAAAAAAACACAACACACAAAGAAUAAAUGGAAAGUCCGUUGGCUGGUUCUUUGUGCCAGUGAAAAUUGGUCAAACCAACGUUGCUUUUGUGUGUCAGUAGCGCCAACUUUUUUUGGCUUGACCUACCUCUAAGGCUGCUGGAGAGGGCUGCACAAGUCGCUUGAAUAUAUAUAUAUAGUAUGUUGUUCUCCCCUUCAGCAGCAGCAGAAGUGGGGCUGUGUCUUCUUCUUUUGUUUUUCCAAGACAUAUCAAAUCUGUAAACCAAACUCAGUAGAACCUUUUUAUAUAUGCUGUUGUUGCACAAUAGUCUGUAUUCAGUACACUUAUGUAUGUGUUGCUGUGAAAACAAGCUCAAGUUUUUUUAUUUUUAAUCCUAUUAAUUUAAAACAAAAAUAUUUUUAAGAUGUAUGUUGUCUCUUUAAUGAUAGUUUUUUUUUAUUAUUAUUAUUGUUUUCAUUUUUUUUUGUGUGUGUCAACAACAUGGUCUGUGGAAUAUCCCCAGCCUUGUUUACUGGAUAACUAUAGAGAAAAAAGUGUAUAUGUAUGUACAUGUUGCAUAUGGAGAUAACAAAUUAGCAUUUAGACGUACAAUAUUCAAUGAAAAAUAGUGAACUGACUCUCACCAGUUUGUGAAAUUUUGAUGUAAAAGUACAUACUGGCAAGUGAAACUUCUAAAUCUUACUUUAUUCUGGAAACUAUAGGGGAGAUGCAGCAAAGCCUGGAGAGAGAUAAGUUGGAGAGAAAUAAAGUACCAAUCAGCUUCUGCCAUGUCACAGGCUAUGUUUUAAAAUACGACAGACAGGAGCUGAUUGGUUGGUACUUUAUCUCUCUUCACUCUUUGAUAAAUCUUCCCCUAUAUGGAUUAAGACCGUACCCAACUUGUAAACCUGGAAAAUUGUAUUACGACAUCUUGAAAAGAAGACUGUUUUACCUCAUUCCGGCAAGUUUCCAGGAAAUAUUUUGAUUUUUAUUACUACUUACAACAUACCUCCAUUAUACUAUAGCACAGAUUUCCAUACACACAAACACGCUCAGUGCGGUUAACAGGUGCACUGCGGCGGAACACGUUGCUGACUACUAAAAACAAGGAUUUGGUUCAGAAUAUGGUGUCUUAAAGGAGAGAUGUUGAAUCAAAACAAUUAUGUUGAAUAAAAAACACAGAUAAUUUAAUUUGCUAGGAAAGCCAAAUAUUUGAUUUGUUCCCCUUCUCCCCUUCCCCCCCCCCCCCCCCCCCCUCAAAUUGUUGAGUUCCCAGUUUUAUAUUCCUUUUAUAUGUAUUUUUUUAAGUACAGAAAAGUGUAUAUUUUGGAUAUUAUUUCAGUUUAAUACAUGAAGUGUUUGGGGAUUGACGGUCUAUCACGAUGGCCUGUUGAAAGAUGCCUUAUAUAGAGUUCAUUGUCAUCAUCAUUUUAUAAAUACUAGUGAGUCUCCUAAUGCUGUAAUAUUUGUUUAGCUUUGCUAACGUUUGACAAGUUCUGCCAAGCCUGAGCCUACAGUAUAUGUGGUUUUGUGUCUUAUAUGUGAGGGGCUUUCAUAAAUAGGUUCAGGUGUGUUUCGCUCCUCUCUUAACCAUGGUUGUCAGACUGUCACAUAACACGCUGCACAGUAUAAAAUGUUAUCAUUUACCUGCUCUACCAUGAACCAUGCCACUUAGGAGCUGUAUUACAAUGGAAAUAAAUAACUAUGCCAUUAGAGAACUGUACCAAAGAAAGAUGUUAUGUUGUGCUUUUAUAGUUACUUAAUAUUAUAUUUAUUUUUCUUCACUAAACUUAAUUUUAUUGUCAUCAUCAA